AUGGCCUUGCUCUAUCCCAUGGCCGUGGACCUCAACAAGGGCCACAAGGUGCCGAAGAACGUCAACAAGCCAAGCCAGUGCCGCAGGCACCUCACCAAGCACCUCAAGUUCCAGCAGGACAUGAUCCGGGAGGUGUGUGGCUUCACGCCCUAUGAGUGGCACACCAUGGAGUUGCUCAAAGUGUCUAAGGACGACGACGAGUGUUCACUCAAGUUCAUCAAAAAGAGGGUGGCCAUGCACAUCCAUGUCAAGAGAAAGCAGGUGGUGCUGAGCAAAAUGCUGGCAGCAAUGAGGAAGGCGGUGGCCAAGAAGGAUUGA